AUGGACACUCCCCUAAGUAUUUUGAAGGACAUUUUUGGACUGGCUCUCAAAAUCAAGGAGGCGGUGAAUGCGGUUCGCCAGAAUAAGGAGGUUUGCCUUGAGAUCAGAAAACGCGUGAACACGCUGCAUGCUAUCCUGUCGUGCCUCACGAAAUCGGAGAUGCUGAUGCAUCCGGCCAUGAGCGAGGCACUUCAGAUCCUCCAAGGCACCCUCUCUCGGGCUCUCCACCUUGUCAUGGCCUGCCACGAGGAGAAGAACGUCAUCUCCAAAAUCUUUUCGGCCACUAGCUUGUCCAAAGACUUGCAUCAGGUGAACAAGGAUAUCAUAGAGGACAUGGCCAUCGCAAACUUUGGCAACACUGUCCACAACACCAUCAUGCUCAGUAAGCACGCUCAACAUGAGGCUCCACUAAAGGAGGAAACAGAUUCUUCCGUCGGAAAGGAGCAAAUAGAUUCUGCAGUAGAAAGCGCGGCUGCUUCCAUGUCAUCAGGGUUCAAAUGGUACAUUUUGUCUGAGCUGGAGAAGGCUACAGAUAACUUUUCAGAAGAAAAUGUGAUUUGGAAAUGUGGCAGUGUUACCAUCUACCAGGGUAAAUUACCCGAUGAAUGCCAAGUUGCCAUCAAAGUCUACAGUGACGAACAGUUCAGUACUUGUAGAGAACAACGUAACAAUGAUGUUCGUUUCGCAGCAGAGCUUAUGCAUAAAAAUAUAGUGAAACUGCUGGGAUGUUGCUAUACUGGUACCGGAGGACUCUUUUUGCAAGUUUAUGUACACGCGCACUACCGAAGCUUAUCGGACUACAUGAAUGGCCGUAUGAGAGCAUUGGUCCCUCGCCCCACUCAGAGGGGUUUAAACGUAAGCCCUGAAACCCAAAAGCUGUCCUGGCCAAGGUGUUUCAAAAUUAUCCAAGGGAUUGCCCAAGGUGUACUUUAUCUGCACGAUCACUGCGGACUGCGCAUCAUCCAUCUUGAUUUGAAGCCGAGCAAUAUCCUCUUGGAUCAAGGGUUUAAUCCCAGGAUUGAUGAUUUUAGCAUCUCCCAGAUGUUACCUGAAUCGAAGGACAAAGGAGUAGUUGCUUCAGUAACAGCUACUUGGGGUUUUGCGGCUCCAGAAUAUGUUCACUCUCUUUGUUUCUCAGCCAAGAGUGACGUGCACAGCUAUGGCGUCCUCCUCCUUGAGCUCGUUACUGGAGUGAGCUGCGAUCAGGCGAACGAGAGUUACAACCCUCUAACUGCGUCGGUAUGGAAGCUAUGGAAAAGUGAGAGGCUGGACGAGUGUAUCGAUCCAGGGUUACGUGAUGUAGUAUCAGAAUCACAGAUUGACGAGAUGAGAAGGUGCAUCCACAUUGCUUUGCUCUGUGUUGAAGAGGAUCCGGCACGUAGGCCCACCAUGAAUCGUGUCGUCUGGAUGCUGAGCGAUAACAGGCUGAAUUUGCCUAAACCUGAGAAGCCAUCUUACAGUACACCACCUUUAGGUAUCCUCAAACAAAAAUAUUUAAAAAAAAAAAUCACACCACCGUUAGGCACAGGCACAGCUCUGUAG